ACUGAAAAUAUAUCGUUCUCAAUUUUUGUUUUGAUGUUUGAAUUGGUUUGAAUUAAUUUUAAAAUUACCUUUGUUAAAAUGAUUUACAUUUAAACUAUAAACCUCUAUCAUGCUAGUGUGUAAUCUAGAAUGAAUCAAGAACAAGAGACUUCUCAUAGCAAUAGAAAGCAAUUGCGCAAAGAUAUUUUAAAGAAAAAGACACGAAAAGAUUUGUAUCAGUCAACGAGGUUUGAUGCGGCGUGCAGGGUGCCGUACUGGGAUAUAAAAGAGCGAAACAAAGCUGUGACACUUCCAGCGUCCGCUUCGAAGAGAUCAGCCCUGAUCGAAAGGUUCAGAAGAUUUCUUUCAUCUGAUCCAGACUUGCCAAAAGAUGAGUUGUCAAAAAUCUGUAGGAACUAUCGAAAACUGGUCGUCCGACAGAGAAAGGACUAUUUGAAAAUUAACGUUCUAUUGAACAUACCGAGCCAGGCUGAAUCAGGAAUUUUAUCAACUGCUUUGCCUUAUAAACAUGAAUAUAUUAACUGUUCUUUUACCGAUAGGAUUCUUGCACCUGUUAUUUAUCAGGAUUUUGAAAUUGAGCCACCCCUGCUCAAACUCCAUGCGGAAUUAAGGAUAAAAGUCAAGGAGAAAUUUCCAAACUUGGAGCUUCCAAAAGUUAAAAAGUAUCCUGUUAAUUACCUCUACGUUGACAAAGACCACAUACCUGUUAUAAACGCUCUAGCUAAACUUCACUUCUGGGAUGGAAUUGACACGUCGAUAGCGCUGAAAUAUCCGGAGUUUAGCUGUGUUGUCACAUACCGAAAGAUUGUGAUUGGAUUCAGUUUCAUAGCUCCUGGGAACCACUUGAACGAAGCCUACAUCAACUACUUGCUUGUACGGCCUAAAUGGAGGAAUUGCGGCAUUGGCAAAAUGAUACUUUACCACCUAAUACAGUCAUGCAAAACUUGGGACAUCACUUUGCAUGUCUCUCCAACAAACCCAGCAUUGGUUCUUUACCACAAAUUUGGAUUUAAGAGCAAUCUUUUAUUGAGACAAUUUUAUGAAAUGUAUGCUCAAACUGAUUCUAAUGAGUCAAACCACUCAUUCUUAAUGAAACUAGAAAGAAGUGAAAUUAAGCCUCAAUAGUCUUUUAAAAAAUAACAAAUCUGAUGAUAUGUAUUCAUAAUUGUUCAGCUCUCCAGAAUAUCGUUCAAAUAUAUAAACAUCAGUCUAAUAUGUGACUGCAAUGGUUAAGUGUUGACCUGUUUAAAUUUCAGCAGCCCUGAAUUAUGAACCAAAGUACUUUCAAACAUUCAAUGAUGGAAUAUUACUGGAACCCGAGGUUGAUAUGACCUCUAUUGUUGUGAACCCCUAUUUAAAAAAUGAAAAAUAAAUAAAAAUUAGUUUUGUCUUUUUAUAAUGUCUUUUAUUAUCU